AUCAAAGAAGCUGUGUAAAGGGAAAUCACUCUGUUAUCAAGUUGUCAUUGCUUAUAAGUUUUUUCUUAUUUUGUUCAGAAACACUAAAAAUAUGCUUUUGACAGUUAAUUAACUUUUAUCUCAAUUUAAUAUUUAAACAUGUUAAGCGAAGAUCUUUAAGUGACAUUUAUUUUUUACCAAGUUUUCACCUUGGGAACAUAGAUUGAAAAUGGCCCUUACUUGCAUAAACAUUGCAAGGCUUGCCACCAAACACAGGGUUGUUUUUAUGCUGGACAGAAGUUAUCUCCGAAUUAAUCAGAGCAAAUCAUCACCUUCUCUUUGGUUUGUUCAGUUUAAAUCAACUGAUUCAAAAUCUGGCAAAGCAGAUUCUGACAAAUCAAAAUCUGGCAAUGAAUUAGACGUAGCCAGGGAAAAUCCAUAUGCAGGGCUGACAUUUGGACAGAAAGUGAAAGAAGUAGGGAAGGAUGUUUCUUAUUUGGGAAUUUCACUGGUUGCAAUAGGAGUAUUAGGGGCAAUGAUUUACUUCAUUGGUAGAGAACUAUUUUCUGGUGAGAGUUCAAAUGGCGUCUAUACUAAAGCUUUUAAAAGAUGUGUCAACGACUCUGAGGUUAUAGUAGCAUUAGGUGAGCCUAUAAAAUGUUUCGGUGAGGAGACUAGGAGGGGUAGAAGACGACAUGUUAGUCAUGUAAUAUUUGAACAAGAUGGUAGGCAGCAUAUGAGGAUGAAGUUUUAUAUUCAAGGUUCAGAUAAGAAAGGAGAAGUGAAUUUAGAAGUUGUCAAGGAUGAUUCAGGAAAGUUUGCCUACAGAUAUCUUUUUGUACAGUUAGAACAGUUUCCAUAUAGAUCCAUUAUCCUAGAAGAUAACAGAUGAAUGCAGAGAAACAAUAAUAUAAAUAUUUUAUAUGAAAAAUUAGGAAAUUUAUGAAAUGUUUGGUUGCCAUGGAAACAUUGUUAUAGAAAUUUCAGAUGAUUUAUAGCUUACCAGAUGGAUUAUUGUUCGCCUGAUGUCAAGUUUUUGUAUGAAAAUAUGGAAAAACACACACAAAAAUUAAAUUAUUUAUGAUGAGUGGAAUGUAUAACUCUGUAAUUGCUUUUGUAAAAAAGAUUGUUGAAACAGUAUAGAUGAAGUCAGGAAUAUUGUCCUGGUUUAGAAGAUAUUGAAUGAAUGAUAAACUGUAUACAGUACUGGUAAUAAGACUAAGUGAUACUGUUGACAAAGUGCUUUUAUAUACAAUUUUAAUGUUUUGUUUUCAUCAUUAUCGAGAGAACAUAUUACCCGAAAUAAAAUUGUGAAACUA